AUGUUCUUCUUAUUAUUAUUUCUUUAUUCUGUGUAUUCUGUAAGUUCAUUAAGUAAUCAAGAAGAUUUAACUAUAUCGAAAUAUUCUCAAAUUGGUUGUUUAAUUUUAAGAUCUGAUAAACAAUUUCUUGUUAAUAAUAUUCAAGAAAAUCAUUUAUUACCAUAUCAAACAUUAUCAAGUUCACAUAUGACUAUUGAAUUAUGUUUUCGUCUUUGUCGACAAUGGACAAUUUUACUUUCAAAUAAUCAAACAAAUUGUAUAUGUUUAUAUACAAUAAAUAAACCCUAUGAAUUCAACAGAUAUUUAGGUGAAUUUUCUUCAAUAAAUAAUUGUACAUCAAAUGAUAUACAAAUAUAUUCAUUAACUGAAAAUAUUUAUUUAUUACCAACAUUAUUAUCACAACGAAGUGAUGAUUGGUCAUUUGAUGGUUGUUAUUAUUUAGAUAGUUUAGAAACAAUUCAAGCUAAUAUCAAAUUAAUUAAUAUGAAUUUUAUUCAAGCACUUGAUUCAUGUCGAAAACAUUGUGAAACAAUUCCUGUAACCAAUCAUUUUUCAUAUUUUCUUUCACGUAAAAAAUCUUGUUAUUGUUUACCAAUAAAAUAUUUUCAAAAAACAAAAAUAAUUGCAAUACGAAAACCAUUAAUACAUUGUUCAUUUCUUCCUAAUAUAUGUCAAGGGUUUAUAAAUUCAUGUAGAAAAUAUUCAUAUGAGGUAAAUUCCAAUAGUUUAAUUAAAAUCGAUGUACAUCAUUAUUGUUUAUCAACUGAUAUGAUUUCACUUAUAUUUGAUAGAAUAUUUAAUAUGUGUUUGAAAUCAAUAUUAAUUCAUACACCAACAAAUAUUUCAAUAUUAUAUUCAAAUUAUAAAUGUUUACCAUUAAUUAUCAAAACAUUUGAACAAUGGAAUUAUUUCAUUCAAUCAUCGUGGAUAACAUAUACAAAAAUAAUACUUUCAAUUGAUAGAAAUUCGACAUAUAUUUUUAAUGAUUUAUUUCAAUAUAAUAAUUUAACAUUAAUAUCAAAUGAACUUUGUAUUUCAAUUAUGAGAACAAGUUCAAAUAAUAUUUCAUAUGAACUUAUUUCAUGUUCAAAUGUAUAUACACCUGCUUAUAUUUUAUGUGCACAAAAACCUUUUCAAUCAACAAGUUCAUAUGAAGAAGAUUUUCAAAUAAUACAUAAUCAAACUGAAACAUCUACUAUUAAUGAAAUUUUAUCUUGUCCAGAAAAUUUUGUCUUAUUUAAUAAAAUAUGUUAUUAUAUUCAUACAUCAUUUGUUUAUAAUACACUAGAUAGUGAACGUUUAUGUUAUAAUCAAAGUAUCAAUAGUACACUUGUUAAAUUUGAUUCGCAGGAACGUGGAAAUAUAAAUGUAACAAAAUUUCUUGGUCGAACAUUUAGUGAUAUUUUACUUGAAUUCUUUUAUUAUAUAUUAGAAAAACAAUUAUCUAUUCAAUCAAAAUAUGAUUUAAAUAAAAGAAAUUCAUUACGAUUACUUAUUGGUGAUAAAAAUGAUCCAAAAGAAUGUUUUUUACGUUAUUUUCAACGUUCAGCAGGUGGCUUCGUAGUUCUGCAUCGAUGUAGUAAUGGUGGAUAUCCUGUUUGUCAAACUGAACCAAUUCGAACAAAAAUAAUAUCGAUUAAUCAAACAAUUUCUAUAGUAAAUGACUCAACAAUCGAAACAACAACAACAACAACAGAAAUUAUUUUAUUCAAUUCAACAAAUAAAACAAUUAUAUCUUCUAUUAAUGAAAAUGAUACAACUAAUUUUUCUAUAAUAGCUGACGAAGAUCUUGUUAAUAAUGAAACAGGAGUUGAUUUUCAAUCUUAUAAUAAUGUAUCAAUACAAACUAUCCGAAAACAUUCAAAAUAUCAACCAUUAAUUUUAAUUCUUACUGGUCCGAUAUUAGGAUUAAUUUUAUUAUUCACAGGAUUUAGUUUACUUAUUUGGCAAAUUCGACAAAAUCGUAAAUCACGUUCGAAUCGUAGUAGUAUCGUCGGUGCUCGUCGAACAAAUCGUUCAUCAACAACUGUAACUAUUAAUGAUAUACCAAAUACACCUACAGUUUUAUAUACUCGUUUUAAUCGACCACAUGUACCAUUAUUUGAAACAGAUCCAUUACUUCCAUCAGAUAAUCUAUUUCCAAAUGAUGAUAGAAUUGAACUUUUAUCUGCAAAUCGAGUUCAAAUAAUUGAUGAUGAACUAUUAUCUGUUAAUUUAAAGUGA